GGGGAAGGGUAUCAGUCCUCGGUUCUCAUUGUCUGUCUGUUGGAAUGGGAGGGCAGCUGUGGCAUGAUCUGAAACUUCUUUACCUGCAGCUGUGUGACAGGGUGAUGCCCAGGAAGAAAGACUAUAAGCAAGAAGUUUGCUGAAUUACUCUCUCACAAUGGCAGAGAGGUCGCAUGGAUCGGGCAACUCCCAAGGAGGCCAAGAAAAGAGCAGGAGAGAGAUCCUGAGGUCCACCAAGAGGGCCUGGGCUCCCCUAGAUGAGCAGCUGCCUCCUGGCUCUGAGGAGGAAAGCCAGAAUGUCACCAUCCCCAUGCUGGAAGAUUCGAAACAAGCAAGUAUUCAGCAGUGGCUGGACUCUGGAUUUUUGGUCUCUGUAAAUGAAAACUUUCAGCAAGUCAUCGACCACACUGUUUCUUUGCAUGAACAAGGAAUGGUGCACAUGACAGUGAAAGACUACAUGAGAUCUCUGCAACCGUUUUCAGAAACUCCUACCCUUUCCAGAGGGACCAGUUUCAACUCUUGCCAUUCUGCUGCAAGUAUACCACAAAGUAUUCCUGAAUGGCUGGAAUUUUGGGAAAAAGAUCCAGUGGAGAUUCUCUUGGAUCUGGGGUUUGGUACAUAUGAGCCAGACAUCUGUACACAAAUCCCAGCCAGAUUCCUGAGCUGUGGCUCAGCCGCCAGAGGAAUCAACAUCCGGGUUUUUCUUGAAGCUCAAAAGCAGCGAAUGGACGUUGAGAACCCUGACUUACACAGUCGUUUCAGACAGCUGGAGAUCCUGGACCACAAAGCCAAUGCCUUCUCAUCUUUGCUGAAUAAUGUUAACAUCCUGCCGAACAAAGAUGGAGGGGAAAAUAUGCAAAGAACCUCAGUGAAUGAAGCCAAAGAACAUCGAAGAAGAAUGGGUGAACUUUUCAAGAGAGCUUCAAAGCAGAGCAUUAGGAGAGACUGCAGCCCAGAAGCAUCAGAGUCAUUGAAGAUGAGGGGCAAGUUUUUCAUCACCUCUGCAAAAUCAGGAGAGUGUGGAGCAGAGUUACCAGUUGUGACAAACAACCAUGACCAAAGUCAUUUGUCUCCUUCAGCAGAGCACUCAUCUCUCCAAGCCUGCGAUGAUUUGGUACCUUGUCAUUCUCCCCGAGGUCUUCUGAGCAAGCAAUGGUCUUGCUCAUCCACACUGGCCAAGGGGGCUCCUCUUUCCUGUAUAUCUGAGAGGUCAGUCAAGGAUAGAACUCAAAAGGUGAACGCUACUCAAACUAACAAGCACAAAAGCUUGUCUUGUCUCUCAAGUGAAGCACCAGACUCCUUUGAAAUGGAAGAGGUCCAGAGCUUUGAGGAAGAGACUGGUAAUCCUCUUGACAUGACAUCGGGAAUUACAGGUGCCACAGUGAACAGAGACAACAGCUGCCAGUCUGACAGCAGUGGGUUCCUGGAUGACCCCCUGGAGCCACUGCCCCUGCAGAUGCCUUCCUUGCCAAGCAGCCAGAUUCCUGCUGAGAAUGGGUGUAGAAAGCCAAGGGAUCAGAGCCAGUGCCUAGUACCACCCCAGGACUGCCAGCAGGAGUCAGAUGACUCUGAUUCCAAGAGUAUGGUGAGCACAGCCUUCUCAAAUCAAGACUGGAGUAUCAUGGAAGAAAAGGCCUCAACAUCUACGGUGGAGAAAGAGUCUCCAUUUGAGGAUACGGAGAAGCCACCAGAGCCACUGACCCCAGAUAUGGCCCUUGCCGAGACCACCAGAGGAGAACACCCGAGGAAAGACAGCCAUCUGAGGCAGCACCUGCCCAUGCCCCAAACUGAAGCUGAGGCCAUGGUGGGCACAGUUAUCUCCAGAUGUGACUGUCCUCUGGGGUUUCGGGUGCCCCACAUCACAGAAGUGAAGGAUGGGUUACGGAAGCUUGAGGGAGCUGGGGAAACCUACAUGCAAACCCACCACUGCAAGUCCCAAAGAUCUCCUGGAGUUGAUCCUGCUCAUGACAAGCUCCUUCGAGUAGACUCUGAGGCCCCAAGAGGAGCAGAAAACAACAAACCCUAUCCAGACACCAACAAUACCUCACUGACAGGAGAAAGCCCACCACAGCAUGUCCCCAAGCCCAGUAAUGUCAUGUCCUAUGCAGUUGACCUUAUGCAAACAUCCGAAAAGCUCAUUCUCCACCUAGAUAAACCCACUGGAGAUACUCCCCACAUAAAGCCAGUAUGUAGUGCUUUGGGUCACAUACCACACAGAGCAGAACCUGAGAUGGAAAAGUUUCCUCCAAAUGCUGACUCAAACACUGUUGGUUCCAAGUCUGUGACAAUCCAGAUGUCCUCCAAUCUGGCAUCGGCUGCUCAGAAUGCUGUGGCUUUGGGGACUGAUUCUAAAGGAAUAACUUUAGGAUGCACUGUGCGUGACCCUGCUCCCACAACAGAACCAGGACUGGAGACAAAAUCGAGACAGUGCUGUGAUGUUUCUGUUCAGACCAAUAUAUGUGAGCCUAGGCCCUGGCAUUGGUGUUCAGCUCCAAGUACCAAGGCCCAGCACCUCACCAAAUCCGUCUCUCUAGACACAGGCUUCCCUCAUAUCUACCCAGCGGGCAUCUGCCACUCUGUAUCCACCCACUGCUGUGUCUGCUGUCAUCACCAUCCCCACUGCCACUCAGAGAGGCAGAGCCCCGGCCCUGUGCCCUCAGCCUGUAGGCACCGCCCAUGCUCACAUCAUCAUCUGGAAGCCCAGUUCGUGAAGACUUUGAACGUCCUUCAGGACACUACAGUGAAGGAGCUGUGUUCUCGCACAGUCCACGAGAUGGAAGUGAUGAAGAUGGUGUGCCGGAGUUUCCGGGAGCAUCUGGAGGAAAUUGAACAGCACCUUACAGGACAGCAGGCACUCUUUUGCAGCGACAUGUCAGAGGAGGAAAGGGAGGAGGCCGAACAGCUGCAGACUCUCCGCCGGGCCCUGCGGCAGCAGGUAGAAGAGCUGGAGUUUCAAUUAGGAGACCGGGCUCAGCAAAUCAAAGACAAGAUUCUAGUGCAGCUUGAGCUUCUCACAGAGGAACAACCUGAACACUGUCCAAACCUGCAUGACUGUAACUGGACAGAAGAAAAGAAUGGCCAGACGUCAGGUGCUAAAGUCCACCCAGCCAUGGCGCGCCUGGUUGCCUUUCCUCCCCACGAGGGCUAGCAGGCUCCCAGCUCAAGGGUGACCCAUUUGGCUGCCUUCUCUCCACCCACCUUGGAGAGCAGCACCAGGAUGUCUCCUCCAGCUGAGGCAGAGUCAGGCCCAGCCCCUUUGUCGAAUUGUCCUACUGGGGAAAACGGUACGAAUGUCUUCCUCUAGAUCAGAGUGGUUUUGAUGACCUUCCUACAAAGUGUAAGAGCACAUUCUGGCCAGACAAGGAAAUCUAAAUUGCCCCCAAGAAGUGUCUAUCAACCCCUCUUCAGCUAUUUUUAAAAAUAUUCUACUCUGUGGUUCCACCCAAGAGAAUCUCAAUAUUUCAAUAUUUAUUCAAUACAGAAUAAGUGAGCACCUACUCCUAUGUGCCUGGCACUGGGAAAACAUGGUGGCCAAGAUGUAGAUAGAUAGAUAUGGAUGGAUAUAAGAUGAGAUCAAGAUGUCAGGAAGGCCUUGUUGAGAAGUGACAACAGAUGAGGGAAAGAAAAUCCAGGCCCCAGAAGUCCCUGAGGCAGUUGGCCCCUGGAAGCAUUGAUGAAGCUCUUACCAUGUGCCAGGAGAUCCUCGAAUGCUGGAGACAGCUGUGACUCAUACAGAGUUGGAUGGGGAGCGAAGAAAAGAAGAACAACCAACAAGAUAAUUUCAACAUUGACAAAUGCCAUGGAGAAGACAGUGUGGGAACACUGUAGGGGGUGGUAUGGAAGAAAAUCGAACGGCAUUACUGAGGGUGACAAGCAGGGCCUUGCUGAAAGGAGGUUAUUUGGCUUAGACCUGAAUGGUGAGGAAGAGGAAGCCAUGUGAAAUUCUGGGGAAAGAACUCUGAAAGCAGAAGGAAUGGAAAGUUUAAAGGCCCUGAGACAGAACCAGCCAGAGUUGCUGAGCACAUGUGUGAUGGGAGCGUGGAGGGAGAGGAAGUCCAGGGGCCGACUGUAUGCCAGAGCCUGAGAGCCAGGAUCCUUCUUCCUGAUGCUUUCUGUCCGUGGCAUUGCCGUUCUCCUUGACGUGUAGACUCAGAACCACAAUUUCACAUCGUCUCCUCGUCCUCCUUCACCCUCUUCCCUCAAAAUCAAUUAUCACAUCACUGCCGAAGGUACUGACACAAUGUCAUUCCCAGAAGCCCCUCCAGAACCUAUUACUUGGUGAAGACCCAACAGAGGGGCUUUCUAACUGCCUCUAGCUUCCUCCUCUCUGAGCUAUACUGGCCUCUGCCAAAGUGGUCUCCCUUGGACAUCCCUUGGGUCAUAUUACCCUGACCUAGGGUGAGUAGCCAGGGAGUCCUUUCAGGCUAUCCUAGAGAAUUAGAGAGAAGUCACAGGAUCAUCCUUCCCAGAGCAGUCUUGCACCAGACAACCUCUGUGCCCUACAAUUAUUAUGCCCCUCUCCUUAUCUCCUGCUGCCUCAUUUCCCUUGACCACAUCCCUCUUUUGGCUCCUGCAUCAUGUUUCAGCUUCCAUUCCCAACUUGGUUCCUGAUAUAUUGCAUUUGUACCCCCAAAUUGCUUUCCUUUCUAAUCUUUUCAAACUUUUUACUCUUUCCCUGGGUCAGACUCCAGGCUCUCUUGUUUGUCUCCAGUUCUCCAAUGUAGAUUUUGAAAAGUUUGCCAUGGUUUCUGCAGAUGACUUCAGAUAUGAUGGAGGAGGAAAAGGAAACCUGUUGCCUUCAGAUGAAAGGUAGCAUAUGGAAUCCCCAAGGAUUGCUAAACAUCUCAUGACAUUUCCUUGUUUAUUCUCCACAUUCUCCAACAAAGAGCACAAAAGGGGAAGCAAGAUGUAGAGGGCUGCCCAUCCCACAUAGAACUUCGCUGUCUUCAGCCCACGAGGGCUUGAUUGCCAAUGCUACUUCCAAAUACCAUCUUCUGUAGUGCAUACCCUUCUUCCCAUAGACAUAAGACUUCUAGAAGCCCAGCCCACCUGGCGAUCUAUGGAUUAACUGUUAGUGUGUCCCCAGUGGUUCUCUAUCCUGAAAACUCUUUAGACUCACUGGGGAGUUUUAUAAAAUACUGACAUUGCAGCCAGAUCAAUUAAACAAGAAUCCCCAGGGAUGGGAUCCAGGGACCUACAAAUUUUAAAAGUUCCCCAGAUGAUUCCAAUAUGCAGUUAAAAUUGAGGGUUGUUGUUCUAGAUGAAGAAGCUACCUUACAAUUCAACUGUUCCUGUUGUUUUCUAAGGACUCUCUUAUUUCCCAUUUUUCCUUCUAUACCACCCUUCUCAGCUAAAGAAGUCUUUCACAAUUCAUUGACAAACACUAAAUAACAAAAUUGGGAGACAAAAAAAGAAAAAAUGACGUGUGGACUUUAUUUCUAUUUUUACAGCAUUGAAUUCUACCUUGCUCAUCAGUUCCUACAUUCCAUCUUCAAGGUAGUAAACAGAUGAAUUUAUUCUGUUUUCCUUCCUUUGACAAACCAGAUUAAAUAUACAUAUUUGACCAGGUAGGUCACAGUAAGGAUUAUUUGUUUCCUCAAUUUAACACCUUCCUUCUCUUGCCAGAAAUGUCUGUAUAAAAUAGCCAAUUACAAAAAUUAUGGAAAUGAGACCUAGGAGCAAGAUGGUGGGGGAGUAGGAGACCUGGAUUUCGUCUGGUCUCAGGAAUUCAGCUGAUAGGGAUGAAACCAUU